AUGGGAGCCGCCCGCCUGCUGCCCAACCUCACGCUGUGCCUGCAGCUGCUGAUUCUCUGCUGUCAAACUCAGGGGGAGAAUCACCCGUCUCCUAAUUUUAACCAGUACGUGAGGGACCAGGGUGCCAUGACUGAUCAGCUGAGCCGGCGGCAGAUCCGCGAGUACCAGCUCUACAGCCGGACCAGCGGCAAGCACGUGCAGGUCACUGGGCGUCGCAUCUCCGCCACCGCUGAGGACGGCAACAAGUUUGCCAAGCUCAUAGUGGAGACAGACACCUUCGGAAGCCGGGUCCGCAUCAAGGGAGCUGAGAGCGAGAAAUACAUCUGUAUGAACAAGAAGGGCAAGCUCAUCGGGAAGCCCAGCGGAAAGAGCAAAGACUGCGUGUUCACAGAGAUCGUGCUGGAGAACAACUACACAGCGUUCCAGAACGCCCGGCACGAGGGCUGGUUCAUGGCCUUCACGCGGCAGGGCCGGCCCCGCCAGGCCUCCCGCAGCCGCCAGAACCAGCGAGAGGCUCACUUCAUCAAGCGCCUCUACCAGGGCCAGCUGCCCUUCCCCAACCACGCCGAGAGGCAGAAGCAGUUCGAGUUUGUGGGCUCAGCCCCCACCCGCCGGACCAAGCGCACUCGGAGGCCACAGCCCCUGACAUAG